AUGGUGAAAUCUUGUUCACCUCCUUCGUUUCAUAAACACAGAAACAACAACAAGGAUAAACAACAACGGUCUUUUGAAUAUGAUGAGAAACCACAUGUUUACAAAUGUGAGUUUUGUGACAAAGUAUUCACCACAGGCCAAGCACUUGGGGGUCACAAGACUGUUCAUCGCUCCAAGAAACAACAAAUACAUGAUGAUGAUGACAAGUGUCACAAAACUAUCAAGAUCACUUUCGUUUUAUCUUCUUCUCCAAGUUAUGGUAAUAAUCAUGAUGUCAAACAGAAAAGACAUUCAUGGACUAGGGUUUUCAAGAGUACUGUUCAUCAUCCAUCUACUGCAUCGGAACCUUGUGAACAACAAGAGUUACCGGCUGUUGACUUGUUAAGUCUGCUGCCACCAAGAUCUUACAAUACCAAGAAAAGGAGCAGGAGAUAUCUUAUUCCUUAUGGACUUUCUAAUAAUACUCCUCCAAUACCAUUGUUGGAUAUGUCUCGCGAAUCGGUUGUGAAUCUUGAUGCGAAUCAUCCUGAGUAUAAGAGGAUGAAACUUUCAAGCAAUGGGAAUGAUAAUGUGCUGCUAACAAGUGUCUGUAAUGAUGAAACAGUGGCGUCAAGAGUUGUUCUAAACGAGCGCCCGACUAAUUAUGUUGAAACAGAAGUGGGGCCAAGAGUUGUUCGGGACUUUGAUUUGAAUGAGCUCCCAAGUAAUGAUGUUGCUGAUUAA